AACAGGCAAGUUCGUUUAGUAUUAUACAUGUAAAAUAUACAUGAUAAAUGGGUAUUCUGUUGUUAAAUUAAUCGAUGUACACCCGUCUCUGUUUUAUUUUGUAGGUGUUUAUUGACUAUACCAUACUAUAUAUUUGGACUAUAAAGUCAGCGCUAUCCACUUGUUCUUCACUACUUAAGACAACAUUCGAAACAACUGGAACUGACCAGUCGAAUGCAAUGGAUGGUGACUUGAGUCCAAUUGGUUGUCCUGUACUAAGAGUGGUUUACCAAACAAAACCAGAUGACUCGUCUGCAGUUGCGCUGGAGGUCUCCAAGAACUACGCGUGCCCUAGCGACAAGAAAAAUAUUCUGUUUAAAGGUUCUGAGAUGUGCUUGGAAUGUCCCGAGGGUACCUACAACAGCGGUGUCAGCACAUGUCAGCUGUGUCCAAUAGCAACGUACAAUAAUCGAUCUGGACAGACCGCCUGUUUGAACUGUGACCCUGGCACCAGUACAUACAGAGAGGGAAGUACAAACUCGUCACAUUGUUUUCCUACUUGUCAACUUGGAUCCUAUUCUGAUAAUCAGCUGCAGCCAUGUGCAAGCUGUCCACUUAACACUUAUGGAGUUAACACUACGUACUGUCAGCCAUGUCCAGCAAUGAGCACCACACACGAGAUAGGAGCCACGUCCAUCUCCAUGUGUCGGGUAUGUGAUUAUAAUCACUAUGGUGAUGAGUGCAGUAAACGAUGUUCCAGUCGACACUGUGAUGAAAGAACCGGUAUAUCAUCAUGUGACGUCAAUGGGUCAUGUGAAUGGGGAUGUAAACCAGGAUGGAUGGGUGUAGACUGCAUCGAAAAAUGCCCAAAAAGACAGUAUGGACAAGACUGUGGAAAGCUGUGUGCGAACCGGAAGUGUCAGGAUAGUUUCGGUUCUUCCUGUGAUCACGUGACUGGAAAGUGUGUCGGCGGGUGUAGCCCAGGAUACCUAUCUAUAGAUUGUACCAAACAUUGUGAUUAUGUGCAUUAUGGUGUGAACUGUAAAUCGAUAUGUGCACAGAGACACUGUAAAGGCGACCAGUUUUGUGACUUUAAAUUCGGAAACUGCAAAGACGGGUGUCUGCUAGGGUGGAAAGGACGCAACUGCAAUGAAAGCUGUGAUCCCGAUCACUAUGGUUACGGAUGCAGUAAACAAUGUUCCAUAAGACACUGUGACGAAACAGUUGGUAUAUCAUCAUGUGACGCCACAGGAUCAUGUGACAGGGGCUGUAUACCAGGAUGGACGGGAACCGACUGUCUGGAAAGGUGUGACGGGAAAUAUGGCCCAGGAUGCAGUUCGUCAUGCAGUGCCAGACACUGUAGAGCUGACGAUGCCCCAUGUGAUCACGUGACUGGUUCAUGUGAUGGACCAUGUGAUGCUGGCUGGCAAGGAGAAACCUGCACUGACAGUUGUAAUGUCGGUUUGUAUGGCAGAGAUUGUGCGUUGGACUGCAACAAAAGACAGUGCAAAAAUAAAGCAGCCAGCUGUAAUCAUGUUGACGGAUCGUGUGGAGGGGAGUGUCAAGGCGACUACAUAGGCAUCGACUGUACAGGGUGUGACGGGAAAUAUGGCCCAGGAUGCAGUUCGGCAUGCAGUGCCAGACACUGUAGAGCUGACGAUGCCCCAUGUGAUCACGUGACUGGUUCGUGUGAUGGACCAUGUGAUGCCGGCUGGAAAGAAGAAACCUGCACUGACAAAUGUGACACUGGUACAUACGGAGACAACUGUGUCAUGGCCUGCGCUGCCAGACACUGCAUCGAUAUAGAUGUCUGUCCUCAUCAAGACGGAGAAUGUGUAGGUGGAUGUAACUCUGGAUUUCAGGGACUGGACUGUUUAAAAGAUAUUUCAAGCAAAGGAGACUCCACAAAAGAUACAGAUUAUAUUAUCAUUGCGCUUGCUGUUGCUGCUGGAGUAUUUUGUAUCUUGUUCAUCACCGUUACCUGUAUCCAUCUGUGGUAAGCGGUUAUGCAGAAACUAGACUGGAACACGAGAGUUGCAAGUUCCCCUCUCCAUUGCACAUCUCAGUCUUCUCCUAUAAAUUUAUA